UUACCGCUUUUUGUGUGUUACCUUACCUUAUUUGCCGACAUGACUGCGCUGACAUUGCUCCGUCGAUCGGUUGCGGCGGUCAGCUGCGCUGCUUACGCCCCCGCUCGACCGGCCAAUUGGCGGUUUUUGCCCCAGCUUCAAAGGCGCCAAUUGCAUUGGCUCACUUGUGGGCGGCAUGCUGCUCUUUUGGCCAGCAAAACAACAGCAACACCAGCAGCAGCAGCAGCAGCUGCGCAGGCGCCAAACGCGCAUGCUAAUAAUGCCAGCGUGAAACCAACCCAACCCUUUUUAGACUUUCGCACCAUGUCCUCUGCUGCUCCGAAACUGGUGGCCGUUGCCGAGUCGCGUCGCUUCAUGAUCGACUGCUUCAAGGCCGUGAAGGUGCCCCAGGCUCAUGCCGAGGCCCAGGCGGAUCUCCUGGUGGCCGCCGAUCACCGGGGACACUUCAGUCACGGCAUGAAUCGCCUCGAAAUGUACAUCAACGAUCUGGCCAUUAACUCGACCGACGGAGGAGCUGUGCCGAAGAUCCUGAAGGAAACCCCGGCCACCGCCUGGGUCGAUGGACUCAAUGGAUUGGGCGCCGUGGUGGGCAACUACUGCAUGGAUUUGGCCAUCAAGAAGGCCAAGACUGUGGGCGUUGGCUGGGUUUGUGCCAAGGGAUCGAAUCAUUACGGCAUGGCCGGGUGGUAUGCCAUCAGGGCCAUGGAUCAGGGUCUGGUGGGCAUGUCCAUGACGAAUACCUCCCCGUUGAUGGCUCCCACUCGGGCCAAGGAGGCUGCUCUGGGCACCAACCCCUUGUCGCUGGGAGCCCCUGCCACCAAUGGCGAUAAGUUCCUGCUGGACAUGGCCACCACUGCGGUGGCCGUGGGAAAGAUCGAAAUCCAGCGGAGGAAGGGAGCUCCCCUGCCCGACGGCUGGGCUCAGGAUCCCGAGGGAGCGGUGACCAACGAUGCGGAGCUGGGCUUCAGCACCGGCUGCCUGAUGCCCCUGGGUGGUUCCGAGCUCACCUCCGGCUACAAGGGCUACGGACUGGGUGCCAUGGUGGACAUCCUGUCGGGCGUCAUGUCCGGCGCCAACUACUCCACCCAGGUGAGGAAGUGGACGCACGCCGGCGCCGAUUCCGCCGCCGAUCUCGGCCAGGUCUUCAUCGCCGUGGAUCCCAACUGCUUUGCUCCCAACUUCGAGGAGCGCAUGAGUGACUUCAACUCCCGCCUGAGGAACACCACGCCGACCGAUCCCGGCAAGCCCGUUUUGUUGGCCGGAGACAAGGAGCGAAAUGGAAUGGCUGAAGUCGAUGCUGCCGGCGGUAUCCAGUAUCUGGAGAAUCAGCUGAAGACCUGUGCCAACCUGGCCGAAAAACUCAAAAUCAAGCCGCUGAGCUUUGUCUAAACGGGAACUCGAAAGAAAGAUUGGAGGAUUUAAAUAUGGGAGCCAAGCUCACCGAUUGCCAUAUGCUGGAGACGCUUCUGCAUUUCGACGGACCAAAGCACUACGUUACUUUACACUGCAAGAAAUAUUGAUAUUCGCAACAGUUUGAUUUGCGCUGGUGCUGAUUUAUAGUUUGUUACAUAUCCUCGUGCACUUAGAACUUAUUUCUAGUUUCCCAGAAGUCUGUCGUUUUAAUUCGUUUUCGUACAUUUAAAAGUGUAAUUAUUUAUUACGAGUUUCCGACAUUCUUUUGGUAAAUUAGCCAUAAAUAGUAGAGUAAAGACUUGCAGCUUGCACUUUUAUUAUAAGUAAAGGGACGUCUAAAUAUCGUUUUAGAAAAACUACCAUUUGUUAUACAAUAUAUUGCUUACGGCACUAAAAUAUAUCCAAGUUGUGUUCAGCAAAUACGUAAUUAUUAAAAUAAAACAAAAACCUUAUGACAAAUUUU